AUGCCUGCUCCUCCUUCCACCCCCGCCACAGCCAAAAGAUCGAACAAGAAGACAGACGGUGAUGAUGCAUCCGGCUGGAGGUGGAAACACAACAAGAAGAACUCCACCAUUUGUGUUGGACUGGAUGGGCGUACUGGUGAAGAUCACCUCAUUGACUGGAUGUCCGUGCCCGAGAACUGGGCUGCCUACUCGGACUCCAACGAUAGAGCCAAGUUCGCCGCUACGGUGAUCUACAAAUGGCUCCUCGAGAAACAGAUCAAGAAUUUCGACAAGGCUAAGGCCUCUGGGGUCCAGGAUCGGAUUCAAAAAAUGAAGAAGGCAUUCGAUGAAGCGUUGGCCAUCCAAAAGCCCACUGGAGAAGGGGUCACGGAGGAUGACCUGGCUAGAGGCAUUGAAACGUGGGAGGCCAAAAUCAAAGAGAAAUGCCCGUUCUUCUUCACCCUCCUCCCUUCGUUGAAAGACCGAAACGCCAAUAUCACUGCGCAAAGCAGUGUGCAUCAGAUGGGCGACAGAGAAGUCUCAAUCACCCCCUCUAUGGCCCGCCGUGUGUCUUCGCGCUCCGACAUCGAGGACCAAUCCGUUGGAAUGGAGGAUGAGGCCGACGAGAAUGACGACAUCUUCAGCGUCAGGGGGACCAGAGCCAAUUCUCUGUCUACCGACAUUACCAGCAAUAAUCACGGGGUUGCUGACGAGCCGACUUCUGGGGCGAGGGGUGCCGGCUCUCUCUCCAACGGAUCAAGGGCACGGGCGUCCCUCAAUGCCCAAGACACCCCAACCUCUGGCAAGGGCAGGCGCGGCAACGCCAACAUGAACGAGCAACUUCAAGGUCUUUUUAAGGACCAUUCCACGGCCAAUAUCAAGGGGCGUAAGGAGAUAGCGGAGCAGCAAGCUAGCCACAACCAGCAGGAUGUUCACGAUCGUCUCAGCCUCCGCUCUCCUCUGACCUAUAUCCGACAUGAGGAUGGUGUGGGACUGUUGGUAAGAUGGGAGGGGAGGGAGCGUGCUGCUGAGGGGACAAGUUGUGUGGGUGGUCAAAGAUACAUGGCAAGUGAAAGGUGA